GCGGACAGCUCCAGGCUCGCUGGAGUUGCCAUCGAAGCGCCAGGGGUCCCAGCCUUCGGUUUGGUGAGCGCUUAUUUUCAGGCUUCUGUGGGUCUCAACGAGACCAACCUAAAUCUGCUGGCCACCAUCGGCCAGACCCAAGAUCUCGCAGGCAAGCCUCUCAUUGUCGCUGGUGGUUUUAAUUUGCAGCCAGAGAGGAUUCAGAAAGGCACGGAUUUUCUCACUCGUGCUACGAUGUCGGUUGCGGCGCCCGCCGCGGCCACCUACUACACUAAGAAGACGAAGUCGACCAUCGACUUCUUUAUACACAGCCAG